AUCAAGGGUCUGACUCAGUAGAAGGCAGUUUCCUAUGUUCACCUAAUCCUCUAAAUCUCAAAUACUUGCAACGGAGGCCACAUCACAUUUCACACAUUGGAGGAGCAUGCAUCUCUGCCUCUCAGGAACAAGAAACCCAUAUUCUAACGACUGUUUCUCUCAGAAUGUUGCAUUGCGCUUUAAAGGGAAAAUAGCAUUCAACUCCAGGUGGAUGUUUUGCAGCAGAUGAGCUGAAUAGAACCCCUUGGAUGAGUGGAAUGUCCCAUGCAAAUGAACAGAAUCAUUGGAACUGCCAACCUAACAAUGACUGAGGAAGCUUCUCUGUGGGUUCCAUGCCAUUCUUUGGCUUCUCUGUGCGAAUCUUUGAAGACACUUUUAUUCGAGAAACCCUGCUGAUUAGGGACCUGAAGGAGACUUUAGGGGUAUACGAGUCUGGAUUCUAGCUUCUUUGACAACGUGGGCAUUUGCCAUUGAUGAACACAAUUGAGGAGAAAGAAGGCGUGAAAAGCAGAUUGUGUGGCGCUGUCCUUUCAGCACCAUGGCCAGCCACAGAUACUCUGGCUAUUUGGCAGAUGAUGAAAGCCUCAGGGGACCACAGAUGAGCCACGGAAGAACUGAUUAUGACUGGAGAAACUUGCUGAGGCCACCAUCACGCUGCCAGUACCGGAAUCGAGACUCUGCAUCUUCUGCUUCUGCUUUCAGUGCCCGUACAAGUGAAAGGGGGAAAAAGAGACGUGAAACCACCUCUGGAGAAAGCAGCCACGUUGCCAAUGAAUUUUCAGAGUUUGUGGAGUUCUUAGCGGAUGAAGAUGUACUGAACAGUCUUCAGAACAUUGUAGAGGACGCAGUCCGCAAGCUCUGUGAUGUGACAACGGAGGAUGGCGAGCAUGUCUUUGACCUCCAAGAAGAUUCUUCCUCAAGCCCAGAUAGUGCGUCUUGGUCGUUUUCCUACAGUCAUACAUGUGGCGAUUCCAGUUCAGCACAAUCACAGUCUAAGUAUAAUACAGCCACCACUGUAACCACCACCACCACCACCACCACCACGUCCAGCUCGGAUGAUGACUGGGAAAGACAGUACAAGCGAAUGAGAGAGCCUAAAGUGGAUGGCAGAGUGUGCCUCUUGAAUAAAUAUGCUUCCAGGCUCCCAAAGCUAAGAAAGACGUCUGCAGGAGCAUCUGGAGGAUUUCAUGCAGAGACAUUUUCGCAACGAUCCAGGGAUAGUUACUACCGGCAAGAACGCUUCCACAUUUGGGCCAAACUGGCAGAGGCUUUUCCUUGUCAACCACCACCAAAAAAAGAUUAUUUCUCAAAAUUUCAGAAACCGUCACCCAAGCAAUCGUGUUCCAUCGAAUCCCUUCAUAAGGAAAUCACGAAUGUUUUGAAACGACCAACCCACAGUAGCAUUCCGCUGUACUAUCCAGGGUACCAGCCUUUCCAUGCUCUUGAUUUCCUGGAAGAAAACAAAAUCCUUGCUGCUCUUCAAGAUAUUAUAAACCAAGCUGUUCUCAGAGUACUGGAGGCAACCAUGACAGAUGGAAUCCCAUUUCUUAACCUUUUUGAUGAGCACGGCCAAGCUUUGAUGAUAUGGGACACUUCCAUGGUGGAGAGUGAGGAAGAAGAAGAAGAAGAAGAAGAAGAGAAAAUGGCACCAAGUGGCUCAGCAGAAACUGGGAGUGGGGAAGAAUCAGGAUCCGGGAGCGGGGAAGAAGAUGGAGACUCCAAAUCAGCAGAUGGGAAAAAGAAAAAGCGGAAGGGGAAAUCUAAAAAGAAGAAAAAGGUUUCCCCCUUGCCGACGGAAGAAGAGAAGGUCAAACAGAAGUACACACCACCACCACUUCCCAAAUCCAAACGAAAAUCGAUGGUACCUGAAGAAGCUCAGCGCAAGCCAAAAUAUGUUCCACCUCCGCUCCCCAAAUCAAAGCCAAGGCCGCCACCUGAGGAACCUCCACCCAAACCAAAAUACGUCCCACCUCCACUUCCGAAACCAAAACAGAAAAAGCAAGAUUCGAUACAGUCAGAUGCGGAACCCCAAGUAAAACAGAGGACUCUUUCGAAACAUAUUAUUACUCCCAAGGACAUCAAGCGGGCACGCCUGCAAGCUCGGCCUCUCCCAAAGCAAGCUAUCAUUGACUUUUUGAUCGAAAAUGCAGCCAAGCUUUUCAUAUACAAAUACAACUACGAAACCCUGUUAUCUGAGAAGCUGGGGUUCAUCUCGGUUCCUGUGACGAAGGUUCUCCUCGAGAUCAUGUUUGGCUAUAAGAGGAUCAAGGGCAGCGGGAUACGGCUAUCCUCUCAAAUUGACUGGUCUAAAGUCUACGAGGAGAUCUAUGCACCACGUCCACCUAAGCCCAAGAUCCCGAAAAUCAAAAGUGUUGAUAAGAAGAAAGCGGAGGAGAAGAAAAAGAAGAAGAAAGCUGAGGAGAAGAAGACAACGAUAACACCACCACCAACGAAACCUGUGGAGAAGAAGACUGUUCUUUUUAGACCUGGUACUCCCACUGGCAAAGUGGUGCUAACAAAGACACGAGUUGAGCAAGAGGUUGUACCCAAAAAAACAAAAGAAAAAGUUGUUACCGAGCAAGAGGGUAGACAAGGGCCUAAGACUGUUCAGCAAGAGGUUGCACCCAGAAAGACAAAGAAGAAAGUUGUUACCGAGCAAGAAGGUAGACAAGAGCUUGAGAUUUAUGAGUUACUUCCUCCACAGGUGCCCGAAACACCUCCAGAAACUGGAGAGGACUAUGAGGGACAAACCCAAUCAUCAACUACUAAGGAGCCUUUAAGCAUCACCAAUGAUAGUUCUAGGAGGUCUGUUACUUCUACAUUCAGCUCAACCCGACUUUCUGAAAGCCAGUUGCCCACUGUAUCCUCAAAGCAACCAUCUUCUCGGAAAGCCAGCACUCCCCCAGAGAGCAAGAAGACGCCUAUGACUGUAUUACCCGAGGUGGAACCUGCAGAUCAGCCACCUGGAGAACUCCUGAAGAAAGCCUCGUCUUCUCGCAAAGCUAGCAUUAACGAGGAAGACAGCAAGAGGUCCACCACCUCUCUGCCUAAAAUCGAAAACUGAACAGGUAUACUACUAAUAAUAAAAGAUAUAGAUUUGUAUGCUGUAACGGUUAUGUAAUUUAUAUAACUCUGCUGAAUCCAAAUACCUUCCUGAGGGCUCCUGGCCAGGCUCACAACUCAUGUGCAGGUGUAACAUUUUCUGCAUUUUUUGGCUGUCUACCUUAGCUUCCACGGGGCAAAGACAUACCGGCACCAGAGUGGGGCAGAGGCACCUUCUUCAGAUGCCAUUUGAUUCCUGCUUCCAUUUUUUGGUAGAAAUUCCAUAAGCAAUUUGCACACAUUGGGCAGGAUCCAGACCAAAUGGCAAUUCUAAGACUAAGGGAACCAGGCAAGUUACUACUUUUUCUACAACUGCAGCCAUAAGCAAAAUUUCAAGUCGAUAUUAUAUAUACUCUCUGGCAAGAGAACAUCUCCUACCAUACGGCCAUAUUUUUUACAACGUCCUUAAAUGUUAUAGUGUCUAAUACUAUAGAGUCUGCAAUGGGCAAAAUACGCCAUUAAUGGAAUCAGAAAUGAUGUCCAAAAAUUCUGUUCCCAUUACCAACAUAUUUUGCAUGUUUCAGACACUAUCCGUACCAUUUAAGGGUUUUGUAAAAAUCUGAACUUCUAGUAAGAGAUGUUCUCUUGCCAGUAGGUGUGUGUGUGUAUUUAUAUUUGAAAAUUUACUUAGGGUCUCGUUGGAAUGCAAAACACUAUAGAAAAAAGCCAUGUGGAGUGGGGAAUCUGUAGCUGGGAGAUGAUAAAGAGUUAUCCUGCUCCCAACUCCUCCCAUGAGGAGGAGCUUUUCCUCACCUAAAAAGACCUUUCAGUCUUUCCCAUGGGUAGAACUUGCAUUCUUGUGUGUGGACCCUCAACCUCUCUCACGAGUAGAUGGAGGUCUACUUGUGCUGUACUCACAAGUACAGUUUCAGCAGCCUUUCUCGGCACCCACUCAAGCCCUUCUCAUUAUCUGAUGACAAACCAAUGUAGCCACCAUUUGUUUUCUAGAAUGUAAAGGUCCAUUUCUAAAUUGUUACAUCUUCAGCCAUUUUGCAUUAGAUCUGCACCAGAUUUGGAGGGGCGUGUCACAUGACAUGUAGCUGAUGUUGGCAAACAUUCAGGCAGAUUGGACAGCUUAGCUUUUAUUACCAAUAAUUAAUUAUACAUAUUUAUAAUUAUAUUUAUCUUAUUACCAAUAAUGUACAAUUUAUA